CUACCGGAAAUGCCCAUGUUGUGGCGGAAGAAGGUGUUUUCUGGGAGCAGCCGGUGGAGGAAGCGUCGCCGGCGGAGAUGAUUCAGGCGAUUCUGGUUUUCAACAAUCAUGGGAAGCCGCGGCUGGUCCGCUUCUACCAGCGUUUCCCAGAAGAUAUUCAACAGCAGAUUGUUCGAGAAACUUUCCAUUUAGUCCUCAAGCGGGAUGACAACAUUUGUAACUUCUUAGAGGGUGGAAGUUUGAUUGGUGGUUCUGACUACAAAUUGAUUUACCGACACUAUGCUACCCUCUACUUUGUAUUUUGUGUGGAUUCGUCAGAGAGUGAGCUUGGGAUCUUGGACCUCAUCCAGGUGUUUGUGGAGACCCUGGACAAAUGUUUCGAAAAUGUGUGUGAAUUGGAUUUAAUCUUUCAUAUGGAUAAGGUACACUACAUCCUCCAGGAGGUGGUGAUGGGCGGGAUGGUGUUGGAAACAAAUAUGAAUGAAAUUGUGGCACAGAUUGAAUCUCAAAACAGGCUGGAGAAGUCUGAGGGUGGCCUUUCAGCGGCCCCUGCACGGGCUGUAUCGGCUGUGAAAAAUAUCAACCUUCCCGAGAUUCCUCGGAACAUCAAUAUUGGUGAUCUCAAUAUCAAAGUCCCCAACCUGUCCCAGUUUGUCUAAAGGUUCAGGGUUGGCCUGAACUGGAGUCCUUAAAACAAGCAAAGCCUGGAAACAGCCCAUGCUGAGCCUUAGAAGAGUCAAGCACUGAACCCUGCACCUUCCUGUCUGGGAAAGACUGUGUGGCAUGGAGAGGGUUCAUGUGGACACUGCCUGGGCGGGGUCGGUUCUCACAUGCCCAGCCAGGCCCCUCUCCAGGGAUGUGGCCGCCACAGGUGAAGUAGGCCUGCUGUCUGCACAGGGAGUCGGCAUGCUCACACCCGGCACCUUUACCUCUCACACACACCCACUCCCAGGGAUUCAGGCCUGCAUGGAGCAGGCCCCCGUGCUUCUCAGAACGCCCACGAGGGCUGAGCACGUUCUCUGGCUAGAGUCUCCAUCCUGCCUGAGCACCACAAGCUUCUGAGCUCCUAGAGCAUUUACUUGAUGGGGAGGUGCCCUUGUUAGAAAAGGGCUGGUACUUCAUAUCUGGGGAGUAGCAAGUAAGGGCAGGUUUCAUUAGAACCAGUCACCUGCUGGCUCUACUAAGAUCAUUAUACCCUUUGUUCACCAGCACCUGCGGAAUGUGUUCCCCUGUCAUCACAGAUCUGUCCCCCCAGGUAUUUAUUUGCAGGAUGCAAUUCUGUCAUAGACCUAGUUGUGCCUACUACAGUUCAACUGACAGGAGAGCACCCACACACACACGCAGGCUUGCUAGAGAGGUCUGUCAGGUAGAGGGCAGGCCCUGGGUCUAUGGAAGUUUAAAGCUGACAACAUGGAAUAUCUCAGAAUGUCGACCCUUCCCAAGUUUAAAAUACAUUCUCCUCAUGGGAGCAGAAGGUUCAGUUGCUGUAUUAUGAAUUAUGAGUCAUCUGCAAAGGAGACCCAUGGCCACCUCACCCAGCUUCUGGGGGAGCAGGAGAGCCUGAGCUGGGGUCACCCCUGUGGGGGCAGUGCCACCUCUUCACUCCUGAACUUGGCCUGUGUUCCCUCAGGUGAUGUUCUCCCAGAGCUCUGGAGACCCAUAAAUGUUUACAUGUGAUUAGUCUUUCUUUUGUGGUUAAUUUAGAGCUAAAACUGUUCUCCUACUGUCUGUGAGGCCACAGCUCAGGUGUGGUGCUGAAUUGUGGUGAGAUUAGAGAGCCAAAUGGGUA